GCAGUGUGGGAGCAGAUGAGGGGGCUCCGAGGGGACAGCGAGGGCCGGUCGUGUGUGCCCGAGGGGCAGCCCAGGGAGCCUGGGACCUCCCCCGGACCCUCAGCCCGGUACCGCAGGGGAUGCCCCCUUCCGGGUGGGCUCACGUGCCCUGUCCCCCCCCCCCCAGCCCUGCUGGGGGCCUGCGUGGAGCCCAAAGACCUGAUGACCACCCUGUCCAACAUGCUCCCCGUCCGCCUGGCCACGGCCAUGAUGGUGCCCUACACUUUGCCCCUGGAGAGCGCCGUGUCCUUCACCAUCCGGCUGCUGGAGUGGCUCCCCGACGUCCCAGAGGACAUUCGCUGGAUGAAAGAACAGACUGGCAGUAUCUGUCAGUACCUGGUGAUGAGAGCCAAGAGGAAGCUGGGCAACCACCUUUGUGCCAGGCUCACCGACCCCCUGGAGCUGCGGCGGGCACAGUCUCUGCCCUCUGUGCCCCAGUCCUUCUACGGGGACGCCUUGCCCCGCUGGAUGCGCAACAACUUGUCCCUGGGGGACGCCGUGGCCAAGUGGGAGGAGUGCCAGCGCCAGCUUCUGCUGGGUCUCUUCUGCACCAACGUGGCCUUCCCCCCGGAUGCCCUGCGAAUGAAGACCCCCCCCUCCGGGCCGCCUGCCCUCCCCCCCCACUGAGAGCCCCCGGGGCUCCCCCAAGCUCCUUCUUCCUGUGGACAGCCGGGCCCCUCCCCACCUUGGCCUGGGGCCGGGGCUCCUAGGCAGGCUCGCUGGGCCCCGGGGGGCUGAGUGCAGGAGCUCCCAGAGCACCCGGGCCGGGCGGCGGGCCCUGGAGAGGAGGGGGUGCCCCUAGGAGCAGGGCCCCCCGCUUGUGCCUCCUCCCCGCGUCUGCCUGAACACUGUAUGCAGAACUAUUUAUUUUGGUGAAAAGAGUUGUAAUAAAGGCUGAAGCCCAG